AUGGCAAUGCUGGCGGCGUCGCCGCCGUCGCCGACGUCUGGCUCGCCGGCGAUCGCCGUAAGCUCGUUGUACGCUCUGGUCCAUUCAGAUUGGCUCAAGCAGACGAAAAUCUCCGCACUGAUCUCUCCGGAAAUCGCAGUUUCCCUGUAGAGGGCGGCCGACUCGCCGUCUUCCCGCAGGAAUCGAUGGAUCGAAAGCCACAGCCGCCGCGGCGCGCCGCGGCGCAGUCGCCUGCCGCGCGUCCGGCGACGGCAGCUCGUCCGCUGCUUCAGACGUUGGAUUUCCAGGCGACUACGACGAGCUCCUCACGCAGGUGAAGGAUUUCGUCCCACUGAACAUGGCGUACUGUGCAUGCUUCUCGACCUCGCCCCCUCGUCUGGCACCUUGUCUCCUGCGCUGCACCGCUUAGAAGAUGCCUUGAGAAUUAUGCUGCAUACAUAUCUUGCAACUGGAGGCUCAAUAGGGUUUUUUUUCUUUUUUUUUUUUUGGGGCGCGGGGGGGGGGGGGGGGGGGGGUUUCAGGAUCUAAUUGCAUAAACUAGAAUGCCUGCAUCUGAUGAAAAAUUUAUUUAUAACCUUGGGACAUUUUCAGCUCAUUACAUCUUGAUAUCCCAGGUGGGUAUGAGAAGGUGAAACUGUUGAAGGUUUGGAGGAUGCUUCAAUGAACAGCAUGUUCUAUUAAUUAGGCAGGAUUUAUGUCUAUUUAAAUGGAAUCCUAUGAACUGGACGAUGCUGGUAUCAUAUGUUGCAGAAGGAUAUUGAUGAGCAUUGAACCUGUGAAGAGGAUCUGAAUUGGAUGUUUUGAUAUAUAGAAAUGGUCAGAUCAUGCCCGACAGAUUAAUUGCCAUUUUCUUUGGUCACUCUAAAUUUCUUUUAUUUUAAUCCGUCAUGUAAAGUAAUCAUCCCCAUCUUCUUUGCUCAUAUGAUUAACGAAAAAUAUGUUGGUGGAGGAUAUUGAUAAGCAGUGAACUUGUGAAAACACCCAGAAUCUGAAUUAAGAUGCUUUGAUUCAUAGAAAUGUUCAGAUCAUGCCCAACAGAUUAAUUGCCAUUUUCUUUGGUCGCUCUAAAUUUCUUCUUUUUCAAUCUGUCAUGUAAAAUAAUCAUCUCCAUCUUCUUUGUUCAUAUGAUGAAUGAAUGCAAUAAAAAUAAAAAUAAAAAUAAAAAUAAAAUCAGACUGACAGAUAAAAGAUAUUUGGAUCUGCUUGCCAUCCAGCAUUACCUGGAAUUGAGGUAUUUUUUUAUUUUUCCUUUCUAUUCUCUUCUUCAAUGUCAGAUGAAGAAACUAGAACCCUAACAGAGGCGCACCAAAAUUUUGCAGGCUAAAGCUGCAACCGAGCUGGCUCUGAGAGACAAUAAACAGUUGGUGGUGAGUUGGUUCUUACUAUAUGCGCUCUCUAAAGUGCUCAUCUUCCCAAUACUAAUAGAAGCAUGGGUAUCAGGAGAUCGAGUUCCCAACUGCUGGGCUCGAAUCCGUGCCAGGUAGUCUCCUCAUGGCAUUACACUACAAUCAUGAUGCUCCUCCUUGUAUGCUGAAGGGGUGUGCUUGCGUGAGCAGGGGAUGGUGAAGGAGGCAUAGAAAUGACAGGUAGCAUGCAGCUCAUCAGAGAAUUUUGUGAUGGUUUUCUAGUGGGAGAGAAAGCCAGGCGAACUAGAAUAGUAUGUUCCCAGAUCUUCCUUUUUUUUAUCUUUUUAUUUUUUAUUUCUUACAUGCACUGUUGAAUAGUAUAUUGCUCAUGAUCUGACAUGCUGAUUCGAAAUAAAUUCAACUCAAUGAAUAGAUAAAAUCGGUUUAUUCUCCUACAUAUUGCUGUAAAUUAACAUCUGGGCUUGAACCUUUGAUGGAAAUGUCAAAUGGCAGUUUUUUCCGGAGGCCAAUGAAGUUGACUUUGCGAGGAAAUCAGUUUUCGAAGGGUCUUCACUCAAUCUAGAUUAUCUGACAAAACCAUCCCUUUUUGAGGACUUUGGGUUCACCACCAAAGUCAAAAUGAGUGACCGCGUGAAGCCUGAGGACCAGAUGUUCUUGGUUGCUUAUCCAUAUUUCAAUGUCAACGGUGCACUUCCUCAACCACCCCCCCUUUCUGGUAUAUUUCCUCCGUCUCUUGCUCAUAUAACAAGAGCUGCUCCUUGCUCCAGAAAUGCUUGUGGUGGAAGAGCUAUACAGGGAGGCGGUUGUGAACACCGAGAGAAAGCUCAUUAUAUUCAAUGGAGAGCUGGACCGGAUAAGAACAGGAUGUAUCCUUCUUUCAGAAUUCUUUUCCUUCUCCCCAAAAUAAUAAAAAAGGACGAAUGCUCCUGGUUCAUUAAAUCACCAUGGAACUUGACCAGCCAAGAUUAUCCGCCAUUUUUCUACCCAAAGCUGGGCGAACUAGCCAAGAACUUCCUACCCAACAUGGAGACAGUCUACUAUAUUCAUAAUUUUAAAGGGCGCAAGGGUGGAGUUCUAUUCAGGUUUCAUUCAGUUUUUUCCACUGCAGAGCUCCUCCUUCUCUAUGGGCGACCAUGAAAUUGAUUUGUUCUCUAUCUGCAGGUCUUAUCCAGGGCCUUGGAAGGUCCUGAGGAAGGUGAAUGGCAAGUAUUACUGCAUGCAUCAACAGGAAGAAAUGCCGUCACUGAAGGAAGUUGCCCUGGAUAUUCUUCCAUCUGUUUAG